GAUUUAUGGGACAACGAAAAGUAUUUCUAUCCUUGGCCAUCUGCGGAUCUGAGUGGCAUUUGUAGACCAUUUCAUUUAAGUGAUCUUGAAGACGCAAUGGCACCAUCUCCUGUAAGAAAGGUGGUCUUCAUUCAAGUCAACCAAACAUAUGAUGAAACAGGUAAAUUGGGAAAUAACUUUGAUUCAGUUAAUAAGGGACAAUUCUUUAAUAGAAGUCCUCACUCACAGAUUAAUUAAUGAUUAAUUUCUCAUGAAUACUUUUAUAUAGAUCUUGUGGGGUUUCCAUUGCACUAGCAUUUGUAUUUGAAAAAACAUUUUUGACUGUCUUCUCCCCCCAAAUUAGUUUGGCCCUUUAAAGUGCCUAUAACCUAAGAUUUCUUAAAUGUUAACUGAAUGAACACAUUACUACAAUACUACAAGAAUUUUAUUUAAAAAAAUGCGUUUUGAGAUUUUUUUUUCUAAAUAUUAAGUCUAAAUUUCUUUGGGACACCCAUCAUCCUGCUGAUCAUGAAAUCAACGUGCUCAUAUUAGCCUGUGUACAGAUGUCCUCACUCCCUCAGGAAAAAUCGGGAGAGGAGACGUCUGUGAAUCGCCGACGAUAAUCGUGUUCCCGUUUCCCUGGAAUGUUGGGGACAGCCUCUGAUUGGUUUUUAUGUUAAUGCCAUGACGCAAAUAAUUUCCCGUGUAUUGAUGGGUGAAUGAACCUCAGAAUAGAUUCCCAGGGGAAAAGCUCAGCCUUUGUGGAUAUUCAUAUUUGUUUACCAGUAUUAAUGUAUUUCAGCUCUCUCGAAAAGGCAUGAGAAGUUAAGACCACCUAUGUUUGCUGCAGCGGUUGCGGGUGCGUCUGUCUGUAUACAAAAUCCAACGUUAACAGCCAAGGCAGGUCAAGGUUACCCCAAAAAGAUUCUAUUAUUGAAUUGAUUAUUUGAAAAAAAGUGACUCAUUCCUGUAACUGGUGUCAAAUUUAAAUCGGCAUUUCUCUAUGCGUAAUGAGCAGUGAAUAUUUUAAGAGAACUUCUCUGUAUUUGGUCAGACUGAAAAUCUUUGAAUGGAUUAAAUGUCUUAGAAGACAUUUACAUCAAAUUCAGGGAAAUUGAGCGGGUAGAAAUUUCGUAACUGAAUCGCGUGUGAAUUCACGGCUCAUUACGCAUGCAAGAAUGCACACAGAGAUGAAUCUGAAAUCUACAACUACCAACGGUUCAACUUUUGAAUAAUAAAUACAUUAAUAGGAUUGGGAGGUACGCUUGACCUGGCUUGACUGUAAUCAGAGAUCUUAUAUCUGGAUUUUUGGUUGAACAUUGUGUGAAGAUGUUCGGCUAGCCUGUACACAGAUGCCAGAGCCAUUUUUCGACCUACAUGUGCCUUUUCAACUGUCAAGGAAAGAACAAAGAAUUAAUUCAUGCAAAUGUAUACCGGAACACGAUUAACGAUGGCGAUUCACAGACGUCUCCUCUCCCGAUUUUUACUGAGGGAGGGGGGGACGUCUGAACAAAGGCUAGGUCAUAUAUGUGACAUAAAUUCAGGAACUGAAAAAAGGGGACUUAAAGCUUAUCCCUCUCCUAGCCUUAGGGUCGCCAGUGUCAUUGUGUCUAACUGCAAUGCAUCUUACUGGCAUGUUUUAGCUUUCAACAGCUGUGUCUGAAUCAGUUUGUGAAAAAUGAUGUGCCAAAAUGGUGACAAAUUUUAACAGUUCAAAAAAAUUGUACAGAAAUCACAUUGUGUUCAAAUCAAAACAUUAAUUUUUGGCAGAGUGUGUCUUAGUUUAAUAUGUGUACUUUCAUUGAAAAGCAUUAGGGCACUGUAAGUCACUUGUAAUAAUUUGUGCAGCAUCAAGAGCAAGUGAGACUGUCACAGUGGUUAAGUGGUCAACAUGCCAGAUUUGAUGUGUUAGGAAGUCUUGGGAACUUCAAUUUCCACUCUGACCACCAAUAAGUCAGUGUUUUUUUGGGUCUGGGUACCCCUAAAAUUUAACCCCACAGCUGCAACUAUAAAUAUUAAUAAUGUCUAGCUCCCAAAAAAAUCCAUAAUUUCCCAUGGGAGGGGAUUCAUGGGUGGUGUUUGUUGGUCUGACCCCAUCCCCCCACAUUUCAUCUCUCUGGUAAUUCCAGUUUAUAGGUCACACCAAUUCCUUUACCAAAUUUUGUCCUUACACUUAAAGACACCCCGCUGGCCCCUUAGAAUUUCUAAUCUCCCUCUAGGGGGUGAGUAUGAAUAUUUGACUUGUCUAAAACAGCACAAUACGAAUUGGCUCAUUUUUAAAGUUUUAUUUGAAAUAUAUGAUCCAUAUUUUUUAAAAAUGAUGUUUUAUCUUGUUCCCUCAAAACCCACUUGAAGGCUGAGAGUAAUAUCAAGUAACUAUUUAGUUAAUAAUUUGUUUAGCCAGGCUAAUAAAAUGGUUGUAAAAUGAUGUCAACAGUAGUAAGAAAUAGGUACAUGUAGUCUCAUGUAAAGGGAUUGGUACGUACGGUGUGAACUGAAGGGUCAACCAGUUGUCCUGACUUAGGUACCCCCACUUUGUCUCUGAAAAUUGUUUUAAUUUAAUUUUUUGACCAAAAGUUAUCUAUAAAUUAUAUGUAAGGCUAAUUCAGUAGAGGUUGCUUUGGCAAUUGAGUAUUUGGGCAUAUGGAAGUCAAUGCAAUGAUUUGCUUGUGUGACCAACGAACAAAAACCUCCCAGUGUGGAAUUCCAAAUGCCCAAAGCAACCUUCAUUGAAUCUGCUAUAUAAGGCUAUAAUUGUAAAUUAAAAUUUGGAGCACUCAUAACUAAUCCAUUGUUAAGGCCACUUGCGUUGCCAAUUUUUCAGACUGCUGACCUCAUUAUGACAUAGAAUUCCAAAAAUGAGCCCCUCCAUGUCUAAGCCCCUCCAAAUAUAAGCCUCCCAAACAUAUAAUGCAAAAAACCCUCCAUUAAAUUGCCCCUCCAAAUAUAAGCCCCCCCUCCGGGGGGUGGGGGGGAGGGGUCUUGUACUUGGAAAUUGCCCGCAAAUACAAAGUAAAACAAAGCAAGAACGGUAAAAUCGAUUUUGAAACGCAAAUUUCCCUCCGUAGAUAAGUUCUCCCAAAAAUAAGCCCCUCCAAAAGGGCCUUUGAAAAAUAUAAGCCCCGGGGCUUAUUGUCAGAAUUUUACGUUACCUCAUGACUUCCCAAUCCUCACUCUCAGCUCUUUGGCUCUUCAUAACUUUGUUUAAAAUGCAGAUUGGAUCCUGGAGAAGGCCACUCAAAGCUCAACAAUUGUUGGAAUCAUUGGUUGGGUUGAUCUGACAGAUCCUGAGGUAUUGUUGGUCUUUUUAAAGUACGGACAUCAAGCCACCUGAUCACCCAAUUACACCCAAUUUAAUGUUUAAGUUUCUUUAUUUUAUAGCUACUAUAUUUUUCCAUCAAAGGAAGUUGUGCCUCACUGGCUCCAUACUGAAAAUGCAAGUCUUAAUAUGAAUUUUUUUUUAUUUACUACUUAUUUUACAUUGUAUGUAUGACCUAUAUAUGUCAGUUGUAUGAACAUUUAGGCAGCUGGGCUGAUCAGAUAGAUAUAUGCGGGUGUAUGACUGUGUACACUAUCAACUCUCGCCUGCCAAGUUCCAAGUUUUUAAUGAAUUGCAAGCUCAACUCCAACUGGAUUUCUUUGCAAUACAUGGUUACAAGUUUAUUGUGUGAAGUAAACGUUAAAUUUAUGAACGGGUGGCUUUGCCCUUAGGCUUGGCUAAAUCUAUAUAUUAUGUGUUAUAUAAUUUGUGGGGAGUUUUUGUCUGCCCUUCUAAUGCAUUUUUAAUGCCUAUUAAUCCCAUGCAUUCUCCAUUAAAAGCACUAUAUCCUGAACCCUUCCAUGCCUUAGCCAAGAUAUGGCAAUAAGACUACUAAACCACUCUUAACUUUUUAAUCUUUGGAUAAAGUCCUAUGAUGUUACCAUACAAAUUCAAACCUAUCCAUAGUUUAUUAUUCCUUAUUUUAUUAUUUUAUUAUUUAUGUCAUAAGAUUUUUUUUUCAUUCUGGCACUGUUGUGAGUGAAAGGCUUAAAAUUUCACAGUUUGCCUUUGAAGGUUUUUACACAAGCUUCGAGAGUGUCAAAAUAUCCCCUACCCCUCACCCUAGAAUAUUCAUUGUCAGAGGCAGCCCGCAGAACGGACGUUAUUUUUUCACGUUCUUCAGGCGAGCGAAGGCAUGCGCGAAGCGAGUGAGGAUGCUCCUCGUUCACUUCCCACUUGCCUUCGCUCACCUGAAGAACGUGAAAAACUGGCGCCAGUUAGGAAGGCUAUGUCAGAAGCUGUUUUGGGGUAAAAUUACCACAGGUAGCCCAAGCUCGAAAUGUAAGCAACCGCGAACAUCGGCAUUGUUGCAUAACAUUCGAAAUAUAAGGAUUUGUAUGGGAAAAAAACCGAUCGUUUCCGUAACCUACGAAAAUGAAAGGAUUUUAAUAAAUAACAGCUUACUUUACAUAAAAUGUGUGUUACGUCUCUCCUGUGUGGUCCAUGGGCCGAUUUAUGGCCGUUUUAUGGGUUGUACUGUAAACGGUUUUCUCUCAGUAUAAAGGUUUACCUUUGUAGCUCUUUGUAUAGAGAGAAAACCCGCCGUACAACCCAUAAAACGGCCAUGAAUCGGGCCAUGGACCACACAGGAGAGACGUAAGGCACAUUUUAUGUAAGGUAAGCUGUUAUUAUUGAAAUCCUUUCAUUUUCGUAGGUUACGGAAGCGGUAGGUUUUUUUCCCAUACAAAUCCUUAUAUUUCGAAUGUUAUGCAACAAUGCCGAUGUUCGCUGUCGCUUACAUUUCGAGCUUGGGCUACCUGUGCAAAUAGUUUUAGCCAUUUAAGACUUAAAGACAUUGCUUCUCCAUGCGAGUGUUUAUUUAUCUGAAUGUUAGGUAGAUGUUAUUUUGGACAACUACAUGAAUAAGCAUAAAAUAUUCAGAGGUGUAAGAAACAUCUUGGAGGGCGAACCCGAUGACUGGCUUGGACAAGAGUCUGUUCUCAGAAGUUUAGGUAUUACUAAUAUACGUAUAAAUUUAUCAGAUCACUGUUUAUUAUCAAUACCCUUGUCUAUAUAAAUAUUAUGUAAUUCAGAUGCAUGGGAAAUAAGUUGACCCCUGGCCUUUGCCCGAGCCAACAGCACUCGCGCAUUUAGGCCGAUACACAUGAGGGAUUUUGCUCCCGGAGCAUGCUCCAGGGGCACACUUUUCGGGAGCAAAGCUCCUCCUUGUGUACCACCGAUUGCAUGAUAUGGGUAUACUUCAUUCUCGGGAGCAGAAUUUCCACCCCGCAAAAUGCUCCACGAUAUUCAACCGGUUAAAUAUUUGGGAGCAAGCUCCUGAGGCAAAUUGUGCGAACUUGAAAACGCUCCCUCGUGUGUACUAACAGGUGCAAAAUGAGCCUGGAGCAUGCUCCGGGAGCAAAACCCCUCGUGUGUAUCGGCCUUUUAACCGAGUUGACUCGGCUGGGCGAGCCAAUUUGUUACAUGGAGAAUAGUUGGCCCUGCCAGGAGGGUGACCAAACUACAAAAAAGAGUGACCCGGCUAGUCGGGUCACCCGUCUAGCCGAACCAAAUAAUUUUUGUUUUUUCAUGUAAACGGUUCGCCAAGUUUUGUAAGGAAAUAUGGGAAACGUUGUCUCCCCCCCGCUCCCCCCACCAGGGUAGCUCGGGUGGACCGGAGAGUGACCCUUCGCGGGACAAAUUUCUUCAUUUAAACUGGUCAUAAGUGUGGCUAAACGUUGAGCCUGAUGUGUCUUGUAGCGCUGAGAGUGAAACAAUAUAAUAAUGUCGGUACCAGAAAGUUAAAAUUUUUCGUAACAACGGGAACUUCUUUCAGUCUAAUGUCUAUUAUUUUCCCUGGGGAUAGCUGCUGUCUGUAUUUGCGAAACGUCCGUAAGGGCGAGGUGUCCACAAGGCUUUAGUUAACUGUAUUUUCAUUUUGACCCUGAAUUAAUUGUGCCUUUAUUUUACGCUUAGAAGGCCGAAUAUCAACCUCCCAUAGUAGUGGUGCCAGAUAUGUAUAUCGGCAAUGUUGAUGUGAACGCUGAUUUUCAGGCUGGAACCUGGGUGAAACUUCCUUAAACGACCCGCAAGAAGUGCCUGACCUGGUUGUCGCUUUUGAAAAGCUCCAACUUUCUAUAAUGAUUCUCUGACUGGAAAAACUAAUUUCCCACUGCAUGGUGACGUGGUCACAUGCGUGAAGUGGCCGCACAUAAAGAAGUUAAAGAUCCACUGCACAUUUUUUCAUGCAAGAUAGUUCGACCUGAAAUAGUUUUCUUCGUUUAUCUUGAAGGAUUUCUUGAGAAAAGGGGACUCACAUACGAUCUUCUCAUUAGGUAAGUUGUGGGCAGUUUUUUAUACUCCCUUGCUUAAUUGACUGGUAAAUUCUUUAAAGUUUUUGUAAACCUACUCUCUGGUCUGUGAAGCACCUAGUAGCUAAUGGUGUGGUCCAAUAUUGUUAUACCAAGGGAGAUCAGAUUAAAUGACAUGAUCACAAGUUGACUCAGCGCAAUCAGUAGCCAAUCCCUAGUUUUGCCUUGAUAUUUUGGGAGGAUUCCCCAGAAGGACAAUCGAAGCGAUCCAGAUGAUUAUAUGGGAACCACUCUAUAUUUAGACUUCAGUUGGUUUACGGUCAAAAGUGGCCAGAGUUAUCGCUCUGGUUAAAUUUAUAGUAAAGUCGCCAGAAAUGCUGAGUUAUGUCGCCCAAAUUCGAAAUUUUAUCGUGCUCGACAACAUCUUAACAUCGUAUCUUUUAUUUAUCAUGCUUUUUGGCAUAAUCAAGGCUUAAAGAAAGACAUACCUUACUUAUUUAUUAAACUGCUCGACUCCUUCCAUUUACUGGCUUUUAGGACUGCCAAUUUCUUACUCAUCUCACUCCGAGACGACUAGUGAUAUGUAAACCAUAAUUUAUAAGUGUUAAUAAGUUUUUGUUUAUUUUGCCUUUUAUUUUGUUUUAUUCUAUUCAUUUUGUGUUCAAUGCUUAACUAGCAAUUGCACAGAUGCUUAUUCAUCUCUUGCCUCCAUCGAUGUUAAGUUUAUCUUCGAUAGUGUCUGUUUAUCGGCAAGUUUAGGAGAUGAAGGGCUGUUCAGUUCUGCUAAUAUUCUCCAAAUAGCAGACGUCGAAUUGUCUUCUUGCUGUUCUUGCUAUGUUUUUAGCCAAUACACUCUAGUUCGCCUAUUUUUUCCUCGUGAAACGAGUGAAAUAUUCCGCCAUUUUGUAGUCAAAACCAUGUCUUUUCGAUUAACUGAUCAUUUUUCUGGCAAUUAUGCUCCACAAUUGACGUCAUUUUUCACAUAUCGCAAAUUUCUUCCAAGUUUGGCCUGGUCGACAGUAGCUGGUUGUGACGACUUGUUCAUGCCAUUUCAGCCAAUCUGAAACAGAGAAAUAUUUUGAAUGAAUAAUAAUGUCAUUUAUUUUCUGUUUCAGGACGAGACAUUUUGAGUUGGCAGACUCUGUUGUCAAGAAAUUUCCCAAGUAAGUCAUUUAUCAUUGUAAUGCGUAUACAUUAAAUGCAAAACAGCCGUACACUGAGUGUACCUUUGCUUUCUACAAGCAGCGGUUUCAGGAAGUACCUGACUUCUUUGCAGUCUAUAUAAUUCGCGAUUCCUACUGUCUUAUCCAUGGCAAAAAAUCAGAAAUUACUUAUUAACUCAAGUUCAAUGAAGUGAAAAGAAAACUUGCAUAAUUUCUCUCACUGGUGUUCGGCCAUUUUCCUUGGCACGCGAGUUACGAUUCAUUCGGAUCAUAGCUUAAUACGUCCCGCCAUGUAGUUUGGGUUUGUAAACACUUCAUUUUCCCUUGGCAUCAUUUGCAAGUGUGAAGAUCAAGUAAUAAAUUCUUGCAUAAUUCCGUUUGGAAAGCCUCAGAAAAUAAGGGGCUCUGAUUUGAGGCGAUGUAAUUUUUCCACUCUUUUUAAUCAGUUCAACUGAUUUGGAUACCCUUUGUUUCUGGUCGUUCUCUAACCACGACAAAUUUCAUAAUUUAAUAUCUGUGCGCAAGAUUUUCACCCGGGCGGUUUGUGGAAAUUGUAAGCACCCGUGGUCUAUAAUUCACUCUUUCCAAGACGUAUACAGCUUGUGGAAAUUGCACCAAUAGUCCGUCUUUGAGAACGAGUCUGCAAUUGUAUUAAGUGUCGGUGUCUAGUGUCCAUUUUACGUGGGUGGCCUUCAAAUACUGCCAGGGAUAAAAUGCAUGUCGCUGUAAUUUAGUUUUGGCAAUUAAUGCUGGCCCAUUUUAAUUUGAUGCCAUUUAAAGAUUCAUAAUCUCAUCGGUGUGUUUCUUUCUUGAUUCAGAUUGAAAUUUGUUGUUGACCACGCUGCCAAACCUGAGAUAAAAGAAGGAAAGAUGGAUGAAUGGAAGAAAGGAAUGGAGAUGUUAGCACAAAAUCCAAACGUUUAUUGUAAAAUGUAA